AUGUCCAUCGUCCUCCCCAACGACUACGGCUACGUCCUUCUGGCCGCCACCUCGACCUUUGUCGUCAACAUUGUACACGGCUUCCUCACUUCCAGCAGCCGCAAGGCCGCCGGCAUCAAGUACCCCAACAGCUACGCCAGCGCCGAGCAGGCCGAGAAGGACCCGCGCGCUUUCACCUUCAACUGCGCCCAGCGUGCCCACAACAACUUUACCGAGAACCUGACCCCUUUCCUCGGCGCUCUCCUCAUCGCCGGGCUUAAGUACCCCACCUUGGCUGCCAGCUUGGGUGGUGCGUGGUCUGUUUCCCGCGUGCUCUUUGCCAUUGGAUACACCUCCAAGGGUCCUUCGGGCCGUAUUGUUGGCUCGGCCGCCGGCUCGCUGAUCAACUUUACCCUAGUGGGUACCUCGGUGUAUGCCGCUCUAGGCUACGCGCUCAACUGGUAA